AUGGCGGAUACCGGAGACUUCGAAGGCACGCCAAUCGAUGAAUCUGGCGACGUCUCUAUGACCGCUGAUACACCAAUUGUCGAGAUUGGUGGCGCUGCACCAGCGACAGAAGAAGAGGCCGGUGUGGAUGACACCGCUCUGCCCUUCCAAGAGGAAGCUAUAGACGAUGUGCCCCCGCGCACUACCUACAUCGACUACCUGAAGAGCCCAGUCAUUGGACUGCUUGUAGGACAAGGCGAUGAGCAGGCGCUCCUAACAGCUCACCAGGGGCUUCUUAUCACAAGUCCCUGGUUCAAGGAAGCCUGCGACAAGUUCAGCAGUGAUCUUUCGGAGCGCAGAAUCGACCUCGUAGACGAAGACCUCGACGCAGUUGGCUGUUUCCUCGAAUUCCUCUACACCGGCGACUACUUCCCCCGCAAGAUCCCCGGAUCCCGCGAUCUCGAGCGCGACCCCACCACACCCCUCGUCGACGAGACCGGCGACCAGCUGCUCAAGCAUGCCCGCGUCUACACCCUCGCCGACACCCUCUCCCUCCCCGUCCUAAAGUCCCUCGCCUCGUCUAAGAUCCACUGCGUGAACUCGACGGCCAAGGGCGAGAUCGCAUACGCACGCUACGUGUACGCGAACACGCAGAAAGACGAUACGACGAUCCGGGCGCCGGUUGCGAAUUUCUGGGCGACGAGAUCGCAUACGCUGCGCAGCGAGGCGGAAGACGAGUUCAGGAGCAUCUGCUUGGAGUUCCCGCAGUUCGGUUACGAUGUUCUCACUCGUGUGUUGGACGACAAGCUCAAGAGGGAGAAGAACGAGAAGUUGCAUCCUACACCUGGCGGCAGUUCGAGGAAGCGUGCGCGCGGCAUCUAA